AUGCCUAAGGAUAUUGUAGCCGAAGUCUUCAGCCAUUUGUCUCCGAAGGACCUCCUUGCGCUGGCUCGCACAAGUAAAUUAUUGCGCUCAUUGUUGAUGAGCAAGCAGAACGUCUGGUACUGGAUCGCCGCCAGGGCCAACGUUCCGGGAAUGCCACCUUGCCCGCCGUAUCUGAGCGAGCCCAAGUAUGCGAACUUUGUGUUCUCGAAUCUCUGCUCCUUGUGUCCGGAAGUGGCGGCCGACCGCCGUAGCACGACCUUUCCGGAUGAGGGGCUACGCCUUUGCUGCAGGGGGGUCUGCCUGAAUGGGAUAGCCUACGAGAACAACCCCGAGGUCGUAUGUCUCGCUGCGGAAGUAGAAAAAGCCGUCAACCAGAAACUGCCAGUGAUUAUGGAUCGCGGCGGAGGCACCCGAUUCCCCAUCCCGACUGUAGCCUUGAAGCGGUUCCAAGGCUUGUGGGAAGCUCUCAAGGACGAUCCCGAGGGGCGGAAGCAGUUGGUCGUAGAAGAGACCGCGCUCCACCUUAUGAAGCUGAAAUUCAGGGCGCAGUUCCGGGAGUGGAAGGAUGACUUUGACCUUACUCGAGCUGCAGCGAAUCGCGCGGUGAGAGAACAAAGAGUCGAAGACAUCAAGAUCCGAAUGCUUAACGAGCCCGAAUGCACCAUCGUUAUCAACAAACUUGACAGAGACAUAUUGUGGUAUUUCUGGGAUAUGGUCGAGAAGCAGGCCUUCGCUCGUAGGACGGCACCGCUCACCGAUCGCGGUUGGAAUAGCAUACGCCAGUCAGUCAUCCAGUGGACUCAAGAUGCUUCCAUCGACAUCACCCUGGAUGAGAUCGGUCCUCGGCUUUACCUGGGCUUCGAGGUCGUUCUAGCUUUCAUCGACGCGAUGGUCUCACAAAAUUGGGCGAAGCCGAUAGCGUGGAUCGACGGCUGGAGGGCACUCCCUAGCACUGUCAUCGCCCCGUGGGAGUAUCUGACUAUGGGCGAGGUCCGCGCCCUCGUCGAGCUUGGCACAGAGGUCAUUACCAUUGAGCGCCUCCGGGAGAGCCUCUGUGCCCGUCUUCCAGCACUGAUCACAGCCCACCUACGUAGCCGUCAGGCCGAAUUUGAAAACCUCUUGGAGGACACCCUCGGCCCUUUCACCAACACGACGCAAGAGCCCCUCGCUCUCGCUCUGGCCCUCUUCGACUGCACCAUGUGGCACGACGGUUGCGGCCGCCGCUUCAUGCGCUUCCCCGACGUGCUCGACCACCAUUGUGAGCACCAACUUGUGGACCCCGAGACACUGGACGAGCGCGAGUACUACUACCGCGCCAUCUACCAGGCGGGGCACGAGGAGGUCCGAGUCGCCACGCACAACGUGGCGGUCACCGAGCUCGUCGUCUCGGGCAAGGCGCAGGCUGUCGUGCACGCGUGUGGGCUGGACCCGCGCACGGCGACGCUCGAGGACAUGGAGCGCGUUGCGAAUGUCCGGCUCACAUGCGGGGACUGCGCGAGGGAGGACCUGUCGAGCCCGCGAUGCUACCAGGCGUUCGGCUGGCGAGGGGCGCUGUGCCAUCAAGAAAGUGACAAGCAUCGGAGCAAUCCUCAGCCCUGUCAGUGGGUGGUCCUGCCCCACGAGCUGUGGUCGGCCAUCCUCGCGUUCGAAGAACAGUGUGCGGCUCUCAGGGGGGUCUUCUACCGCUGUUUUCGAGGCUAUCGGUGCCCUUUUUGCGAUCCGGGAGCUUCGCUCGCACUCUUCCAGCAGCUGCAUAUGGUCGCACACCUGACAGAGGAGUAA